AUGGCUGCCGAUGCGGUCGCUGAGCACACAGACUUCACAAAUUCAACACCUACGAGUCCCUCUCAGAAGAGGAAGCGAAGCGGUGCAGACUCCUCACCAGAAUCCCGCCGGUCCAAACGCAGUGCUCCGAGCGCCGCGUUGAGCGCCACGGACCCAGCUUCUGCCGCGUACGUCGAGAGUGCCGUCGAGGCUGCUCAGGCAGCUGCACAGGCAGCCAACGUGAACGCCGACUUCAGCGCCCUUCAACAGGCCACUGUAGAGCAUCCGGAAUCUGCCGAUUCUGCCAAUGCAUCAAGUACAGCAGCUGCGGCAUUGGGAACCAUGUAUCCCUCGAUUCACAUACCACCGAGCACGGACGAGACGUUUGCUGCCCAUCCUGACCCCGAGCCGGACCAGCAUGCGGAUCCCGCAUUCAACGCAAACGAGAUAAUCCAUGCCGAUGGCCUACCGAGAAGCAAUUCGAGUGCAGCAUCGAUAUCCCAACCAUCACCACAGAACGGCGCCAGGCCAAGCCACUCUCCUUACUCUGGUGGCCUCGUGCCCAAACCGGCCGUCGGCUCAGAGGAGUGGCACAAAUUGCGGAAGGAUAAUCAUAAAGAAGUCGAGCGGAGGCGGCGAGAAACCAUCAACGAGGGCAUAAACGAGCUGGCCAAGAUCGUCCCUGGCUGUGAGAAAAACAAGGGUUCCAUCUUGCAGCGCGCAGUGGCCUACAUCACGCAGCUGCGGGAGAACGAGGCUCAGAAUCUCGAGAAGUGGACACUGGAGAAGCUGCUCACAGAACAGGCCAUCGAGGAGCUUAGCUCAUCCAACGACAAACUCAAGCAGGAGUGUGAGCGCGUCUACCGAGAGCUGGGCAUCUGGAAACAGGUUGCCCAGAACGCCGGCCUACAGCCCCCACAGCAUAAAGAGGACAACGCUAGCAACUAA